AUGGUGUUGAAUCCCGUGUUCCAAGACGACGGGCUUGUUAGCCUGAGCGCGCCGAACUCUUCAUUUUGGAAUCAGCUUGUCAACUUAGAUCGCAUCAAAGAGCAAAGCAAGCCUGCUCAGCCGGUAAAGCCAGAGUCGAUCCCUUUUUUUCUUGACAAGCAAAGCUUAAAUGCUGUUUCUGGGGCCAAAGAGUUUGAGAAGACCGCAAAAAAGAUGCCUUGUUCGCCCGAUGUUUGGUACACCGAGUUGGAAGCCUUAUUAAUGUCGCAAUCGGAUAAUUGUAACGGUUUACACGGCUAA